UCGGAUACCUUCUGGUGGUUUUGUUGUGAAAACUGGGUCAUGUGAACAAAACGUAUUCGAUUCAUAAGUGAGAAAAUGGCUAUUUGUGGAAUGUUUCGAAGAAGUUUGCUGUAUUCAAGAAGAAUUGAGCGUUUUCUUUUAAAAAAGAUAGCUAUUUAUCCAUUACCAAUCUCUUACAGGUAUGAAAACACAUCAGGGCCAGCUCAACAAAUACCAAAACUUGAAGAAACAGAUAGGCCAGUUUUUCCUGGAUCAAGAUCUCGUUGGACAGAAAAACUAGAAUUUAUCCAGCCUGAUACUUAUGAUGGCAUACCAGUGUAUAGAGUUACUAAUAGAGAUGGAAAAAUUAUCAAUUCUUCAGAAGAUCCUCAGCUUGAUCGAGAAAUCCUUACCAAGAUGUACCAGGGCAUGACAUUAUUGAACACCAUGGAUAGAAUCCUCUAUGAAUCUCAGCGCCAGGGUCGUAUCUCUUUCUAUAUGACCAAUUAUGGUGAAGAAGGCACUCACUUUGGAAGUGCAGCUGCAUUAAAUCCAAAAGACCUGGUAUUUGGUCAGUAUAGAGAAGCAGGUGUUUUAAUGUGGCGAGGGUUUACAUUAGAUCAAUUUAUGAACCAGUGUUAUGGAAACCAAGAAGACUUUGGUAAGGGAAGACAAAUGCCUGUUCAUUAUGGUUCCAGAGACCUAAAUUUCAUCACCAUUUCUUCUCCACUAGCCACUCAAAUGCCCCAAGCUGUAGGGGCCGCUUAUGCAUUUAAACGAGCCCAGAAUGGCCUAUGUGUCAUCUGUUACUUCGGAGAAGGAGCAGCCAGUGAAGGAGAUGCUCAUGCAGCCCUGAAUUUUGCAGCCACCUUAGACUGUCCUGUAAUUUUCUUUUGUCGGAAUAAUGGCUAUGCUAUAUCUACACCAACGAAUGAACAGUAUCGUGGGGAUGGAAUUGCAUCCAGAGGGCCAAGUUAUGGAAUAGCAUCCAUAAGAGUAGAUGGUAAUGAUACACUAGCUGUCUAUAACGUCACUAAAGCUGCCAGAGAACUGUGUGUGAUGGAGAACAAGCCUGUGCUUAUUGAGGCUAUGACAUACAGAAUUGGACAUCACAGUACUUCUGAUGAUAGCACAGCUUACCGUUCUGUAGAUGAAGUAAGAUUCUGGCAUCAGAAAGAUCAUCCAAUCUCACGAUUGAGACAAUACAUGAUGAACCAUGGAUGGUGGGAUGAUGAGAAAGAGAAAAAUUGGAAGGAAGAAACAAAAAAGCAGGUGAUGCAGGUAUUUGCUAGAGCAGAGAAAAGAAAAAAACCUCCUAUUAGAGAUAUGUUGACAGACGUGUAUGAUGAAAUGCCAGCCAACUUACAGGAGCAGAUUGAAGAACUGGAAAAUCACCUUCAGCUACAUAAAGACCAUUAUCCAGUAAAUGCAUUUAUUGAGAAAUAAGUACAAAAAAGAUGG